CUUGCUAGUAGGGACAUCACCUGUGAAGGCCUCAUAAACAGCUAACUUCCUGCAGCCCCCAAAGAAGGCCUCACGAGGAGAAGGAGGGACUCCUCUACUGGAGAACGGACAGCAGGAGUCUAGUAAAGGAGGUGACCAGAGCCCUGGGGACCAGGUGGCAAUUGUACAGACAUCAUGGAGACUGCUAUGUGCGUUUGUUCCCCAUGCUGUACGUGGCAGAGAUGCUGUCCUCAUUUGUGUUCCUGUCUGUGCUGCAAGUUCAUCUUCACCUCGGAACGGAACUGCACCUGCUUCCCCUGCCCUUACAAGGAUGAGAGGAACUGUCAGUUCUGCCACUGUACCUGCGCAGAGAACCCCAACUGCCACUGGUGCUGCUGCUCCUGGGCCAAUGAUCCUAACUGCAAGUGCUGCUGCACAGCCACCAGCAAUAUCAAGUGUUACUACUAUGAGAGCCGCUGCUGCCGCAAUGCCACCAUCAUAUUCCACAAGGGCCGCCUCAAGAGCAUCCGCACCUCGUCCAAGACUGCGCUGCGUGUGGGAACCAGCGACACCCAGAUGGAUGAGCUGAAGUCCCUACCAGCGAACAGCCACCUGAUCGAACACCUCAGCUGCCCCAUGUGCAACCGGCUGCGCCUGCACUCGUUUAUGCUGCCCUGCAACCACAGCCUCUGCGAGAAGUGCCUGCGGCAGCUGCAAAAAUUCGCUGAAGUCACCGAGAACUUCUUCAUCCUCAUUUGCCCGGUGUGCAGCCGCUCUCACUGCAUGCCCUAUAGCCACAAGAUGCGACUUCCAGAGAACUACCUGCGGGGGCGCCUCACCAAGCGCUACAUGCAGGAGCACGGCUACCUCAAGUGGCGCUUUGACCGCUCCGCUGGGCCUAUCCACUGCCAGGUCUGCCGCCGCCGGCGCAUCGCCUACAAGCGCUGCGUCACUUGCCGCCUCAACCUGUGCAAUGAGUGUCUCAAGGCCUUCCACUCGGACGUCGCCAUGCAGGACCACGUCUUCGCGGACACCAGCGCGCAGGACCAGGAUGAGAAGAUCUGCAUCCAGCACCCGUCCAGCCGGAUCAGUGAGUACUGCCGCAACGACAACCAGCUGCUCUGUACCUUCUGCAAGGUGGCUUUCCACAGCGGCCACGACACCGUCAGCCUCAUCGAUGCCUGCUCGGAGAGAGCCGCCGCACUCUUCAGCGCCAUCGCCAAGUUCAAAGCAGUCCGAUAUGAAAUUGACAAUGACCUAAUGGAAUUCAACAUUUUAAAAGGCAGCUUUAAAGCUGACAAGGAGGCAAAGCGAAAAGAGAUCAGAAACGGAUUUCUCAAGCUGCGCAGCAUCCUUCACGAGAAAGAGAAAGACAUCAUGGAACAGGUGGAGAAUCUAGAAGUGUCCAGGCAGAAGGAGAUAGAAAAAUAUGUGCAGAUCACAACCCUGAAAGUGAAUGAAAUGGAUGGCCUCAUUGCCUACUCGAAGGAAGCCCUGAAGGAGACAGGCCAGGUGGCCUUCCUGCAGUCUGCAAAGAUUCUUGUGGACCAGAUCGAGGACGGCAUCCAGAGCACCUACAGGCCCGACCCCCACCUACGGUUCCACUCCUUGCACUGCAUACCCCUGGACUUUGCUGAGCUCUCCAGUGCCAUCCACGAGCUCUUCCCCUCAGGACCCAAGAAGGUGUGCUCCUCAGGGGACUCAUUGCCCUCUCCCUAUCCCAAUCACUCAGAAAUGAUGAUUGCCAGAAAGGUCACAUUCAGCACCCACAGUUUUGGCAACAAGCAGAUAUACCAACGAAGCUCCUCCUUGUUGUCUUUCAACCCCUCUGCAGAAAAGGCCAAGAUGGGCCUGGAGGCCUGUGGGAGAGCCCAGUCGGCUGCCCCUGCCAAACCCACAGACGCCCUCUACAGCUACUGGAGUACUGCGGCAGAUAACCAGCUUGCUCAAGAUAGCAACAGCUUUCACAACUGGUACUCAUUCAAUGAGGCCUCUGUGAAGACUCCAGGUCCAAUUGUUAUCUACCAGACUCUGGUGUAUCCAAGAGCUGCCAAGGUUUACUGGACAUGCCCUGCAGAAGAUGUGGACUCUUUUGAAAUGGAAUUCUAUGAAAUCAUUACUACUCCUCCUAACAACGUGCGGACAGAGCUCUGUGGACAAAUUCGGGACAUAGCGCAGCAGAAUCUGGAGAUACACAACCUGACCCCCAACACCGAGUACCUGUUUAAAGUUAGAGCAAUCAAUGACAACGGUCCUGGGCACUGGAGUGACAUCUGCAAGGUGGUGACCCCAGAUGGGCGUGGGAAGAACCGAGCUAAGUGGGGCCUGCUAAAGAAUAUUCAGUCUGCCCUCCAGAAGCGCUUCUGAGUGUCUGCAGAGUCCCUCCAAGAUGCACCAAAAAGUAGACACAUAUAUAUACAUACCUAUGUAUUGUAUUUUUCUCAUCACAUUCUUCAUGGAGGUUGUAGAUGGAAGUUUCCAGGACUAAGUUUACCAACAGGUGUCUUCUGAGAGCUAAUAAA